AGUCAGUUCCAGUUUCUCUCUGGUCCCAAACUUGGAUUUCAGGACAACAGCGAGUGGUUUCCAGACAUUUGCAGUGGAAGUCCCCCGGGGAUCAAUUGUUGCUUCUUGGCGACUUUCCAGGUGGUGGUGGGGAGGGGCUGGGGGACAACCUAGCUAGGCCUCGGUCAGAAUGGGCGACUGGAGCGCUUUGGGAAGACUCCUUGACAAGGUCCAGGCCUACUCCACGGCCGGAGGAAAGGUCUGGCUCUCCGUCCUCUUCAUCUUCCGGAUCCUGGUGCUGGGAACCGCCGUGGAGUCGGCGUGGGGUGACGAGCAGUCGGCCUUCAAGUGCAACACCCAGCAGCCCGGCUGCGAGAACGUCUGCUACGACAAGUCCUUCCCCAUCUCCCACGUGCGCUUCUGGGUCAUGCAGAUCAUCUUCGUCUCCACGCCCACGCUCCUCUACCUUGGCCACGUCUUCUACCUGAUGCACAAGGAGGAGAAGCUGAACAAGAAGGAGGAAGAGCUGAAGGCGGCCCAAGGCGACGGCGGUGACGUGGAUGCGGCGCUGCAGAAGAUCGAGCUCAAGAGGAUCAAGUACGGCCUGGAGGAGCACGGGAAGGUGAAGAUGAAGGGCGCCCUGCUCCGCACCUACGCCCUGAGCAUUGUGUUCAAGUCGGUCUUUGAGGUGGGCUUCCUGGUGAUACAGUGGUACAUAUACGGCUUCACCUUGGCGGCCGUCUACACCUGCGAGAGGUGGCCCUGUCCGCACAGGGUGGACUGCUUCCUCUCCCGGCCCACGGAGAAGACGGUCUUCAUUGUCUUCAUGCUGGUGGUGUCCCUGGUCUCCCUGCUCCUCAAUGCCAUCGAGCUCUUCUACGUCUUCUUCAAGAGCGUGAAGGACCGGGUGAAAGGGAAGGAGGAGCACUUCCACCCCGGCGGCACCCUCACCUCUGUCGCCAAGGACGUGUCCUCCUCCAAGUACGCCUACUUCAACGGCUGCUCCUCCCCUGGAGGUCCUGUGUCCCCCAUGUCCCCCCCGGGGUACAAGCUGGCCACAGGGGAGAGGACCGGCUCCAGCCGCAACUACAACAAGCAGGCCAACGAGCAGAACUGGGCCAAUUACAGCACCGAGCAGAACCGUCUGGGCCAGAACGGAAGCACCAUAUCCAAUUCCCACGCCCAGCCCUUUCACUUCUCGGACGACAGCCAGGAUCACAAGAAACUGACGGCCGGACACGAGCUGCUGCCCCUGGGACUCCUGGACCCUCGGCCAACCAGCCGGGCUAGCAGCCGUAUGAGCAGCAGGGCCAGGCCAGACGACCUUGACGUCUAGCCUCCGUCGCCACGAGGUGGAUACUCCAGGCAGGAGAUGACCUCACGUACCCAUGGGCAUAACCUUCUCAUCCUAGGGACUCUAGUGUUCACAGAGGCAUAAAAAUACUCACACUGCUGGAGCCUCCCAUCCAUUGAUGGCAACAGCAUUGAAAAUGAAGAAGCUAACAAGCAUUACACUUAAGACUCUGACAGCAGAGUGGCAAGUACUAAAAAUGGAUAGAGGAGAGUUUUGCGCAUUGGGGGGAAACAGGUUCCCAUGCUCCUGGAGUGCCACCAUCUUCUCAAUGCAGUAGGACGCCGAGUUGCCUGCACUUCUUCAGCCUGGCAAUCGAUCCAUUCCCUGUGAUUGAGAGCUCGGUUGGGGCGGAAACCCGAAGUGGCUCCAGCACUCCAGGGGCCGGACUGCCCAGCUGUGCUCUCCACUUUGCCAGACACUCCAAGGCUCUGGAAGAUGAUUCCUUGGUGAAGUCCUUGAUCACAGUAUUAUUUUUCUUUGUUACUUAAAUGCCCACAAAACAUUCCUUUUUUUAAGAAAUAUUGCACUUUGAUCCUCUAGUUGAU